ACCACCACCAACCCCAAGCUCCAAGCUCCAAGCUCCAAGCUCCCUAGGAGGGUCUUCUUCAUACCCGAAGGGAUACAUAAGAUUGCUGCAGUUUCAUCCUGCAAUUCACGAAACUGGUAGAGUCUGAGGGAUUCCCUGUGUAAUGAACAUCUUGUUUAAUGCAUGUUCUGCUGCAAUUUUUACAAGGACUAGCAGACGUGCUGUGAAGAGUUCAAUUGGUGCAUUUUCAGCUCUUUCAUGGAAGACAGGUGUUGGAUUUACUGCAACCAGAAAAGUUGAUUUCGACUUAUUUUUUAAGCAAAUUUGCGUUCGUUGCUAUUCAUCCAAAAAGUUUAGAGUGGAGAGUUCUAGCUCACAGAAGUCCGAUCUUACUCCACAAAUGAAGGAAGAUAGAGAUGGUUUCUUUGUUGUUAGGAAAGGAAAUCUGGUUGGAGUCUACAAAAACUUGAGUGAUUGUCAAACUCAAGUCGGAUCCUCGAUAUGUGACCCCCCUGUAAGUGUGUAUAAAGGCUAUGCUAUGCCUAAGGACACAGAGGAAUAUCUUCUCUCUUGUGGGCUUAAAAAUGCUCUUUACUCUAUCAGGGCUGCUGAUCUUACUGAAGAUCUCUUUGGGACCCUAGUACCAUGCCCUUUUCAGCAACCUUCUUCUUCAAAAGGUGGAAUUCCUGAACAUAUGACAAAGAAGAGGUCACAGGAUGUAAUGUGGUCAGAAUAUACGGAUGCUGCUGGAUCAGCUGUAAUUUCGAAUGAUGAUUCCCUAAGAAAGCAUGUCAAGUUAGAUGAUCAUAAGGGCGACCAAGCUCUGCCAUCUGGUCAGCAGUCUUGUACUCUUGAAUUUGAUGGUGCUUCAAAAGGAAAUCCUGGACUAGCUGGUGCAGGAGCUGUCCUGCGGGCUGAUGAUGGCAGUUUUAUCUGUAGGCUACGUGAAGGUUUAGGAGUAGCAACAAACAAUGCUGCAGAAUAUCGAGCCAUUAUUUUGGGGUUGAACUAUGCACUUAGCAAAGGGUUUACAAGUAUUCGGGUUCAGGGGGACUCCAAACUUGUUUGUAUGCAGAUCCAGGGCCUAUGGAAGGUUAAAAAUCAAAACAUCUCCACAUUGUAUGAGCAGGCAAAACAACUGAAAGAUAGAUUUCUUUCUUUCCGGAUCAUUCAUGUCCUUCGGGAGUCAAACUCCGAUGCAGAUGCUCAGGCGAACAUUGCUGUUGAACUUGCUAAUGGUCAAAUCCAGGAGGAGAUUGAGAAAUGACAAAGGGGCACUUGAAAACGACUUCAAAGUCCAUGGCUGAAAAAUGUAGCAAUGGUACAGACGAGGAUUUCUACGUGCUAGCCUCUAAGAUUGGUAUUCUCUCAGGGUAAAGUUUUUCUAUUUUUGCCAAUACCAACAACCUUAAAGGAUUAUGCCUAUGAAGCCAGUGUAUUGCGCGUAUUAUACUAAUAUUGUUUAAUGGAUUAAUUUUAUUGCAAUUGAGAACUUUUUAAAAUGUAAUUAGGGAUGGGAUUAAUCAUUGGCUUUGAAAUCUUACUGAUGAGAGGGUUCUUUUUCACAUUUCA